GCGGCAGCUGUGGAGCUACAACGCUGCGUGUGAGAGGUCCUAGACGCGGCUGCGGCUCCGGCUCGGCCACCCUCACGGAAGUCUCGGCGCCGGGUGCUGAGAGGGGAACGGCUCUAGCCUUGGGACCCCCGAGCACACCCCUGGCUGCUCCCGACACCGCCCUCCUUCCCUUCCCAGCGCGGGCCUCGGUCGGUGCUAGGCGACUCCGAGGGGAGGCGGCGGCGCCGGCUGCCUGUCUGUGAGAGGAGCCCUGCUCUCCAGCCUUGCCUCGCCGCCGGGCCCUGCAGGGCCGAGAAAGCUCGGCGCCGGCCCUUCCUCUAGCCUCUCCGUCCACCGGUUGGAGCAGCGUCGGUCCGGGAGCUCUCUGGGCUGAGGCGGCGGCAGCUCCUCCGGCUCCAUCAUGUCCGCGGGCGGAGACUUCGGGAAUCCGCGGAGGAAAUUCAAGCUGGUGUUCCUGGGGGAGCAGAGCGUUGGAAAGACAUCACUGAUGACCAGAUUCAUGUAUGACAGUUUUGACAACACCUAUCAGGCAACAAUUGGUAUUGACUUUUUAUCAAAAACAAUGUACUUGGAGGAUCGAACAAUCAGGCUGCAGCUGUGGGAUACUGCGGGUCAGGAACGUUUCCGUAGCCUCAUGCCCAGUUACAUCCGUGAUUCUGCUGCAGCUGUAGUAGUUUACGAUAUCACAAAUGUUAACUCAUUCCAGCAAACUACAAAAUGGAUUGAUGAUGUCAGAACAGAAGGACGAAGUGAUGUUAUCAUCAUGCUAGUAGGAAAUAAAACAGAUCUUGCUGACAAGAGGCAAGUGUCAAUUGAGGAAGGAGAGAGGAAAGCCAAAGAGCUGAAUGUUAUGUUUAUUGAAACUAGUGCAAAAGCAGGAUACAGUGUAAAGCAGCUCUUCCGACGUGUUGCAGCAGCUCUACCUGGGAUGGAAAGCACACAGGACAGAAGCAGAGAAGACAUGAUUGACAUAAAACUGGAAAAGCCUCAGGAGCAACCAGUCAGCAAAGGAGGCUGUUCCUGCUAAUCCCCCAUGGCAUCUUCAACUUUCCUCCAGAAGCUCACUGCUUUGGCCCCCUUGCUCUUUCAUUGACUGCGGUGUGAAUAUUGGCUUGAACCUUUUCCCUUCAGUAAUAACGUAUUGCAAUUCAUCAUUGCUGCCUGUCUCGUGGAGAUGAUCUAUUAGCUUCACAAGCACAAAAAAAGUCAGUGUCUUCAUUAUUUAUAUUUUACAAAAAGCCAAAUGAUUCCAGCAUAUU